AUGGCUAAGGAAGGCACCUCCUCACUUCCGCCAGCGGACCAUAGCUCAGACCCAGGCAGGGCUUGCUGGAGCUUUACUCAUUAUAUGGUGGUAUUUGGCUCAUUCUGUGGGUUGUUUGCGUCCUUCGGCUGGUGUUCGGGGAUCGGACUCUUCCAGGACUAUUACCAACGGAACCAACUGAAGGCCUACUCGCCGACGAUCAUUGCGUGGAUCAAUAGUUUAGGGUUUUUCCUUAUGUAUUUCGGAGCUUGUCUUGUGGGGCCUCUUACAGUACGCUUAGGUCCUACGCCAGUCAUUAUAGUUGGAUCGACAUUGCAUGUUGCAGGCCUUCUCGGUACUUCCUUCUCGUCGAAGUUAUACCAGAUCAUUCUGUUGCAAGGCAUUCUCAGCCCCCUGGGGGUCAGUGCGGUGUUUUUCGUUAACGUCCAGAUAUUAAACCGAUGGUUUCGGGGUCGUCAAUCACUAGUGACUGCUAUUUCUGCCUGUGGUACGAGUAUUGGCGGGGUGAUCUUUCCAUUGAUGAUCAAGUAUCUCCUGCCGAAAAUCGGUUUUGGCUGGACCAUGCGAUGUGUCGUGCUGAUCAUUUUCCUUCUCUUGAUCAUCACUACCAUGUGUAUCAAAGCCCCACCCGCCAACCCUAUACCACAGCCACAACCAGCUAGCGCAUCUCAGAAUCAUCGCCGCUGGUCCACAAUUCUCAGGGACCGCAAUUUACUAUUCACUAUUACUGGAAUCUCGUUUCUCGGUAGCACAUAUUUCCUGGUGUCCGGCUUUGUCGUCCCAGUCGCCAGGCUCCGCGGCAUCGUGGGCCGAAUUGUGCCAGGUCUGAUGGCGGAUCGAAUAGGGCGAUUCAACACGAUGGCCGUGUUCGGCAUUCUGUCUACGGUUUUUAUAUUUGGGUUGUGGCUUCCUGGCACUGGAGUUUCCACGUCUAUUGCCUUUUCCGUGAUCUACGGAUUCAGCUCGGGCUGCGCAGUUUCUCUGGGUCCGUCCAUGAUGUUCAAGAUCUCCCAACCGCAGCACAUCAUUCCGAAUCUGACCCUCCUUUACUGCGUCCAGUCUAUCGCUGCUCUCUUCAUCAAUCCCAUUGGGGGCGCUCUUUUGUCCGUGGGGCACGGGCAGAAUCCACACUAUCUGCAGCUUCUAGCCGGCUUCAUUUGUGCAGUAGGGACGAUCUUCACGAUUCUCGCGCGAGCAUCCCAGACGGGGCUGGUGGUGAAGAAGGUUGCAUGAUUUCUGCGUGUUGGGACUGCAAGGGUCUUCGAGCUUAGGGC